GCAGUUUAGGGUUUUGUCCAAUCUUAGUCGUUAAAAGUUAGCAAACCGUGUAAACUAUCCGCCUUAGACCUCAAACUCAUUUGACAAACGUGUCGCUUACUGGGUUAUUUAAUUUGUCCAUUCCUCAUGUGGUACUGAACCAGGGAACUCAGUGUAUGAAUGUAAUUAUAUACUUGAUAACUGAUGGAAGGGGUGUACUUAAAGUGCGCGUGUGCUCAAAUGCAGAGUUGAUUUUUUUUGUCCUUUUCUGCGAUUUUAUACAUCUUAAAAAAUCAUCUCCCUUAACCCACUUAAGAAGUAACUUACAUCUGUGUGUGUGUUUGCGUUCAAAUCGACUCUCCCUUCGACUUGUGAGGCUACAUUCCAACGUAUGUACAUUACAUCUUAAAGGACAUCUUGGGAGAUCUAUUUUUUCUGUUUUUAACUCUGGUGAUUACAUUGGUUUCCAUUAAAAUCAGAAUCUCAUUUCCACAUCGAUACUAUGAUUUAAGGGCAGCGCAAGCAGUUUUUUACAUGUUGUGGGAGCCAAAUUUGAAGAGUGACCUCAUAUAAAUAGGUAUUUCCGAAGGAAAUAAAAAAAGAAGAUUAAUCUCCUUUCUUCGCAGCAGCUGAAUAUGUUCAUUUAGUGGCUUUUUUGGUAAUUAGAAAGCUAUGUGUUUCUAACGUAAGAGUGAUACAAUUCGUUACAAAUUCAGAAGACUCACAAAUUUCAUACUGAAAAUAAGUCUAAAAAGGCUGUAAUUUUAUUGUAUAGAUCAUCGGUUAGGCCACAUUUGGCGUAUUCUUGGAUACCUUUCUUUAGGAAGAACAUUGAAUUGUUUGGAAUGGUUCAGAGGACAACAAGGAUGAUACCUGGGAUGAAAGGAUUGUCAUGCGAGGACAGCAGAGAAGUCAAAGACGUUGAACAUUAAGUCCGUUAGUGCUGCCCCCUACAUUCGACGAACCGCCUCUCUGGACACGAUUUACCUGGCUGGUCAGUGGCCGCGUGACUGCCACUAUCACAGCUAUUAUGUCCGACAUAUGAUGGACAGAGCCACACAGACAGAUGAAUGGGAUGAAUCGGAUAGGAAGAAAGGAUCACAAAGAAAGUCUACUGGCAAUGGAGGAGACCAAUUAGAAAUGAAGUACAUUCGCCAAAGACUUCAACGGACCACCAAGAGCAGUCAUGGCCCAGGAGGCUACAGCUCGCACCAGAGGCUUAGUCCUUUUCAAGGAGACCAUUCUGCCAUAUCAAUCUCUACUCCUGCUGGUAACAAUAAUGGUUCCCUUUGCCCAUCAUCGCCGUCCACAACAGCGUUACCUGCUAGCACUUCACCUUAUCAACUGUUGUAUAGCGUCCCCACACAUGGUGGGCCUACGGGGACAAUUGGCAAGCCUCACACAGGCCCAAUUCCAAUCCCUCACAUUCCAAAGACUCCCUUUCCCCGCAUCCUCAGCAGUGUUGAAGGUUUAAAUCAGGAGAUAGAAAGAUUAGUUCUCAAGGGAAUCUCAGGGAAUGAUGUUGGAGAUGUAGAGCUUGAGAGGGAUCUAGAUCCACCACCGGAUGGCCAUCGGGCCCCUAUUGCUGAUCUCUUCAGAUCCACUACAGCCAUAUCCACACGAAAUGUGGACACACAAACUCCCUCUGGUAGAGGAGAGAGUUGCCCUAGUAGUGGUGCAACUAGUCGCAGUCAGUCAGUCUCACCAGUUGUUCCAUUUUUAGGCCAAAUGGACAGCUCUCAGCCUGUCAGUAGAGAGAGUAGUAAAAGUGCCUCACCUGAUCCAGACUACAGUUUUAAAUUUGGCACAAGUCCUUGUAUUAAUAGGUUCUUGGCCAGAGAACCUCCAGAUGGGUGUGAAAAAGUAAAAAUUGUAGAAGAACGUAGGAAUACAUCAAGUCUCAUGGAAUCCCAAGGGUAUAGACCCAUCAAACCUAGUGAGAAAUUUGUGUUAUUGCCUAGCCAAAGUUCUGCAUUUUACCCACUUUACAAGAAUUAUGUAUCACCUUCAGCCUCAGACAGUGCUCUGCAGCAGUUGACCUCAUCUCCUCACUCUCUGGCUGAGGAGAAGCUGCAAUGACCUAUCUGAGACAUUUCUUAUACUCUACCCCUUCCCCACUACUUCUUUGUAUUCUUAUUCUGGUGAAACCUGUAACCUUUGUUAUGGUUGGCUUUUGAGAAGCCUAAAAUUAAACAUGUAUUCAGUGGUUGAUGUGUGUAGUCACAAUUUAGGAUGAAGGUGUUUCUCCAUCUUGCCACCAUCAGUUCUUCCUUUGUAGUCAUCUGCAAAUACAAAUAAUGGUCGUGAAAUGUCCUUUAACAAUUCACUGUUCACCCCCUGUUUCUAUGGUGACCACAUUCUCUUCAACUUGUGACUGUGAUGUUUAAACAACCAAAUAAUAGUUAUUGUUAUUUUUAACUUUAAGAUAAAGAAAAAUUUAAUCUGUACAACCUUGAGGGGCACGGAUUUUUAUUCAAGUUGCAAGUCUAUAAAUUUUAUUAUAAACAGUGCCACACUUAUACAAGAAACUUGUAUUUAUGAUAGAUUUACUUUCUAGGAAAUCACAAGAGUGAAACACUAAACUUUGAGUUUUUCACAUAUUACUAUACUGCCUACAUAUGUUGGUAACAUUAGGCAAUCAAUGAUUUCAGUUGAGGUAGAAAUGACUUGGCAUGACUUAUUGGAUUUUAAAGCAUUCAAAUGAAAUGAUAGAAGUUUGUUCCUAGAAUACUUGGAGUUUUGUUUACAUUAAUAUUAGUUUUGAAACAAUAUGAAUCAUCUUGUUUUUGGAUUUUUUCUGUUUUAAAUGUAUAUUUCUACAGAAGCAUAAAAUUUAGAGAGAGAAGUGUUACACUAGUUAAGAAAAAAAAUUCAGAUGUUGUUGUACACAAGUUUGCAAAUAUAGGAAAACUAAUUCAACAUUCUAGUUUGAAAAGUAUAACAACUUAGAAAAGAUAGCAUUGAACAAAUAAACAAAAUGUUUGUGCACUGUGUGUUACCUACUCUUGUUAAGGCCUAAUCCUAUGUUUACAUAUUCUGUCUUGACCACCACAUUUUUUAUAUCACACAUCUUCACCAAUUGUGUUAUACAAUGUAUGAUAUAACACUUAAUGUCUGUGUGUGUGAGAUAUAUAUAUAUCCAACUUAAAGAAGAAAAACAAAAAAAAUGUAUAUAAUAUAUAGACUAAUACAUAUCUCUAUGAAGUAAAAGAUGAUAUAUAUACACACACACAUAUAUAUGUAUAUUAUAUAUAUAAAGUUAUCUCAGGUUCUGCAACUGAUAGCAUUUACACACAUACACAUUUUUGUUAGCAGUUUGGUUUUAUUUAUCUUGAACUUCCAAUUUGGUAACUUGUUUGAUGACAAUGUAUCUAAAAUCUUAAAAGGUGCAAUAGUUUAAAAGAUGUUUUUGAUAGAACAAUUAUUUCUUUUGGUAUAAUUUUAUGUAUCUUUUAGGAAAACAAAAAAAAUUAUCUGGUUUGUAAUAUUGAUUUUAUUUUUCUUUCAUGUUUUGAAUUACUGCCUUUUAUGUUUAACAGCUUAUGUUGAAAAGCCCAUUCAUCUAAUGAGUGGAAAAGCAUUUAGAACUCAUUACAUUCUUAACUUCUCUUAUUCUGUUAAACCUGUCCUUUACUAGCUCCUUAACAAAAAUAGUACAAAUUUUCUUGAAGUUCUUUUUCUUUGCUGUGAAAGUUUUUAAAAUACUUCCAACUAUAUUAAUUUGGUACUUUAUGCAUAAGCUCUUGUUGGCUGCUUGUGAAGGUUGUAUUUCUUUUUUGUUGUUGUAAGACUGCUUGAAAUGGGUCUCUUUCCAUUUUUAUGUGAGCACAGAUUAGCUUUCCAACUUUUUCAUGCAAGGUCAGAAAACAUCUCAAGAUUAGAGGUAACAAUGAAACAGUUUCAUUGUUUCAACAGUAUUUGAGUCUCUAAUAAUAAUGGUUGAUUAUGUUUUUUUGGCCAGUUGUUUCAUUGGAAUUUUUAAUUUUUUGACAAAACAAACAAGUAAUUAAUAUAUUAUCUCGGUUGAAAGAGGAUCAGUUUCAAUUGAGUAGUAAAACAAUUAGUAAGUGGACAUUUUCCUUCUUUUGUUAUGGCAUAUUAGAUGAGAAUAGAUAUAUCAGUUUUUAUUAGUUAUUAUUAUCUUUACUCUGCUAUCCAACAUCUUUGUAUAUAACUUUAUACUUCGUACCACAAGAUACUGAAUUACAUAAAUUAUCCUUGUGCUUUAAUAAACAACAUUUUUUAUUUGUGUAACUUCAUAAGUUAAUAUGCUUUCACAUUCCCACUUGAUGGAAUCAGUGAUUAUGAGUCAUAUCUGCUAUUAUUGUUAUGACUGAGUGAAGUGAAUAAGAAAUUUGUUUAUUUGAAUAAUAUCAAUACCAGUAAUAUUAUAAAUUCUUUUAAUUGCAUAUAGGCUUAGUUCUUUUUUCUAAUUUCACACCUAACAAGAAUGUUACACUGACUAGAAAGUGGGGCAGUAAAGGACUUGCAAAAAUGUUUGAAAAAUAAGGUAUUUCUUAUAUAGGUAAGUAUCAAGAAUAACAUGCUAAUUAGCACAAAUUGUAAUGAUUAGUUAAAACAAAAAUACAGUUAUUGCAUUGUAUGAAUGAAUUCUGUUCACAGAAAACCAUUAAAUUUUUAUAUUUAAUGUAUUCUAUAAUUUCUGGUAAUAUUUAGCUAUUACUCUCUUAUAAGUUGGUGCCAUAAACUAACCUUUUGAUGAUUCACAAGCUACACAUUUCAAAGUAACAAAUAUUAAUGUGAUAUUAAGAAAGUAAUAGUAUUUUUUUUGUUUUGCAAGAAACUUAGUUGCUAAAGAAAAGUGGUAUGAAAAUUGUCUAAAGUGAUUCUUCAGAGGAAAAUUAGUCUGUGAAAUUUCAGGCAUUUUAUUGGAAAUUCUAUAUGUUUGUUGCUAAGUGUUAAGGACAAGUUGCAUCACAGAAAGUGGUGCAUGAUUUGAUAUUAGCAAGAAACUUAGUCUGUUAUUAAAUUAAAAACAGUUAAGGUAUUUAAAAUUCUUUCAGAGGUGUUACGUUUCCAAUCUUCCGUUAAAGCAUCACAUUACAAAAGCUAAUAAUGUUCACAAAAAUUCUGACUUGUUUCAAAAUGAAAAGUUAGAUUCAAUUGAAAUUUUUUAUGUCCACACCAUACCUUUCAUAAAUGCUAGAUUAUUUAUAUAUAUGGUUAAUGACAACAACAUUGUUUAUAUAAAAGUUCUGCACAUAGAUUUCAAAUUGAUAUCUUUUUUUUUUUAGCUAGAUUAAAUCAUCUAUCCUAGUUUUGAGUAUUAAGUCAUUUAAAGCUUGUCUCUUUCACAUUAUGUUUGCAUUACAUAUCAUAUGCAUAUUUGAAAUUCUCAACACAUUUCAGAAGGAUUUAUAGUGAUUAACAUCAAUAUAUUUUCUUUAGGGUGUGAGUUAUACCUUAGGAACUCACACCUAAAUAGCAGAUUUGUGCACUAAGUGUUUUUCUCACAGUAGUGGUUUUUUGGUACUUUAACCCCUGUUUAGGGAAACUGAUACAUUUUUGAGAAACCUGCAGAUGUGUUUAUGAGGUAUUGAUUUACUAAGGUAUUGUGCAACUGCCAGAUAUUUGUGGCUUACAAAGGAUUAGCAUCUAAGAUACUAAAUGUAUGCUCGAGUCAGAAUUUUGAAACAUCAUGUUAAUAUUUUGAUCUCUGUUUUAGAUCGUACAUACCUUUUAACAUCAUGCUUUCAAUGUUAUACAUGAAUGAAGAUCCCAAACUCAACACAAAACUUCUACAC